UGAACUGGACUUUGUGUUCUAGCAGUUAGGGGCAGCACAAAAUACUCCCUUCGUCAAUAACAUCAUCGGAUAGAUCAUCGAGUAGAGCGAGGCAGAGCCAAGGAAGAAAUGGCAUCCGGGUGGGGAAUCACAGGAAACAAAGGCAGGUGCUACGAUUUUUGGAUGGAUUUCAGCGAGUGCAUGUCUCAAUGCAGAGAGCCCAAGGACUGCGCUUUCCUCCGUGAAGAUUACCUCGAGUGCCUCCACCACUCCAAAGAGUUCCAACGAAGAAAUCGAAUUUACAAGGAGGAACAGCGCAAACUAAGAGCUGCUUCUCAGAAAGCGGGCGGUGGAGAUGGCAAAGAUAACCAUCAUUGAUAGCCAAAAUUGAUCGUCUUUUUGAAUUCUAGCAAUAAGACUGAUGUGGAGAUGUUUGAACUUUUGUCAUCCGGUACUUCAAGGUUGUUUAAAUUGACUGUUCUUUUUAUCCCAAAAUGGAAUUGAUUUGAGCACUUUGUGUUUGUGCAAUAAGGUGAAAAUUGGUGCUUUGUGACAUUGAUUUGCUAAGUGAAUGAAUCUCGGUAUCUAGGGUUGCAGUGCA